GACAAACUUUCGAAUUUUUUGGUGAAUGACUUUCAAGUUCAUUCCCAAACUGGCCCCGCCCCCUGUCCAUGAGUGAUGACAUGUGAUCACUGGUGCGCGCCGUGGGUCGGGUAUAUAUAAGGACGGACACGGAGCAGGGGCUAGCCAGUGUGGUUGAAGAGAAAAACUUGACUUUAAAAGAUUUUCGAGAAAAGUUCAAUGUCCGGAAAACUGCUUCCGUUUGCCUUGUUACUUUUGGUUGAUGUGUCCCUUGCAGGGGCAUUGGCAACAGAACCCGUCUGUCCGACCGUGGGUCUUCCCGCCGACGGGGCGAGGCAGGGCAACGUACUCCACGGGACCAAGCCCAUGUUCGUCCUGGACAGCCGUGCCGUUAGAGGGGGGUACCUACCGGGGGAGUCCUAUUCACUGUUUGUGAAAGCCCAAGACAGAGACCGGAAGUUCUCGGACGUUUUGGUCUGGGCAGAGGGCAGUGGGCUUCAGGGUUGUAGCGCUGGAAGUUUUGAUUCAAACCCAGAUCUGUACCAUCAGCCAGAUAACUGUCCCCACUUGGUGACCCGAAACUCCAAAGUACCAGAGCACUUGUUCCAAGUCACGUGGACAGCGCCGCCUUGUGGUUGCGUUACCAUUAGGGCCAGAGCGACCGUUGCCGAGACUGGGUCAUUCGUUUUGGAUGACAGUUCUAUCAAGGACGGCUAUCUGACGUCAUACAUCUGCCCACAAGAUCUUGGACCACUUCUAAGAGCAUUACCAACCGGCGAGAGAGAAGACCUCCUGUGUAGGGUUGUUGACAACGUCACGGGGUCUGACGUAGCUAUCAGACGACACGUUUUGAGCAGACGUAAAAUGGAAUACAACGCCAUGUCACUGCUUCAAAAGGAAUCAUGGGAAAACGCACUUCACCAGAGAGCAUACAACAUAAAGAUGUGCUGUGGCCUGAGGGGGACAGAAAGAAGCGAGUGUUUUGGGGAUGAACGACGCCAUCGCAUCGAUCGGUUCUGUGCGUACGGGGAGACCAUCAUUCCUUACACAGUGAAGAGACGGGGGUUCAUGGAACAGAGAAGGGAGGAGUGCUGCUGGAAACUCGGGGAACGGCGCUACCACUGUUUUGCCCACAUUCCCACGGACAAGGCGUUCAGCAGUGACAGUCUGUGGAACGUGGAGCACGUGCAGGAAAUGGACGAGUCAGACCCCCUCAACGAUCUGGAGGACUACAACCACGAGGUCCUGAGAGAGCUUUCAAACUAUCCUGCUUUAAUGAAAGCACAUGCAGAUAAAGCCAUUUCUGACGAAAAUCGAGAGAAAAUUCCCCCAAAACAGAAAUCCUCACUAUUAAAGGAAACUAAAGCGACGUUCGCAAAGCUGACUACGGCACCUGUUGUCAUGACAACGGAGGCUCCGACCACAAUAACAACGGUUUCCAUGACAACCACUGACGUAGAAGUGAGCAGGAAAACUACUCUUACGAGUGACGAGCUUCAACGAAAAAUGAGGAAAAUCAAAUUGCGCAUGGACUGUUGUGAGUCUGGACGGGAAGCGGGGGAGGGUGCGGAGGAUGAUCCCUGGGGGAUCUGUGUGAACUUGUCGCAUAAAUUCUCCCGGAAAAUCAGGAAAGGGAGGCGGAAGUGCCGUACUUACUUCAUGAAAUGUUGCAUCGAAGAAGCCGAGAGUGAGGAAACAAUCGAUGUCGAUGAUGAUGAAGAGGGGGAGGAAGAUGUUGAUGAUGACGAUAGAGAACCAAAGGAAUUGAGCUCCGAUAGAGACAAAGACGACAGGGAUGAAAAUGACGAUGUUAGUGAUGAUAAUGAGGAAACAAAAACGAAGCUUAGCCAAAGAAAGCCAGUCCGAAGAAAUGGCCGCAGGAACCGAAAAAGGGGACAAAGGAAUCGCCGUAGAGGCUAAAUUAAAGCGUUUGAGAUCUAAACUACACACUGCCAUUUUAAACAUUUACAAGUCGUAGAUUUGUAGUUCUGUGUUAACAGGUAGUUCUACCUCUAAAAGAACACGUGAUGUUUUAGUUUGUGCCUCAAUUUGGUUUUAACCACAACUCAAAGAUGCUUUGUAUGUUAGAUCGAUGAGUCUCAUCUUGUAUUUGAUCUCGAUUUGUGUUCAUUUAAUGAUAUAUGAUUACUUAUUAAUUUAUUUGAAUUCAGACUUUAUAAUAAAGUUUUAGACUUAUUCA